CAUCAUCGUCAACAUUCAAUAAUCAACCCACCUCGUUCCUUCUUUACUUUCUUCCUCUCUUGAUAUUUCUCAACUCAUUUCUCACUAACAAACGAGAACAACUAGUCAAAGCCACCUGCAAAUGGCUGCUACUUCCUCAUUAGCUUUUCCUUCUCUGCAACUACAGUUCCAAACUCCACGCAGGUCGUCUACUUCUACUCGCCGACUUUCCUUCCGUCCGAUCUGCGCCUCUGUCUCGGAGAAGUCAUCAUCUUCAUCCUCCUCCAUCUCAUCACAACCCGCAGACACAACCGAGCUUCCCCUGAGGAAAAUCCCCGGGGACUAUGGUCUCCCUUUUGUUGGUCCCCUCAAGGAUCGCCAGGACUACUUCUACAACCAAGGCAGGGAUGAGUUCUUCAAGUCCCGAAUCCUGAAGCACCAGUCCACUGUGUUCCGAGUCAACAUGCCACCUGGUCCCUUCAUCACCACCAAAUCCCAGGUCAUCGUUUUGCUCGAUGGCAAGAGCUUCCCUGUCCUCUUUGACACUUCCAAGGUCGAAAAGAAAGACGUCUUCACCGGCACCUACAUGCCCUCAUUGGAGCUCACUGGCGGUUAUAGAAUACUCUCAUACCUCGACCCCUCGGAGCCGAAGCACGACAAGCUCAAGCGUUUAAUGUUCUAUCUCCUAAAGUCUGGUAUUAAGUCUGUGAUUCCUGAGUUCCACUCAUGCUACUCCGAGUUUUUCGAAACUCUGGAAACCAAGCUCGCGGAUAAAGGUAGAGCCAGCUUUAACGAGGCCAACGAUCAAGCAGCUUUCAAUUUCUUGGCUCGAUCAUUGUACGGAGCUAAUCCGGCAGAGACUCAACUCGGCACCGACGGUCCAAAAUUGGUUCAGAAAUGGGUUUUGUUCCAACUGAGUCCAAUUCUAUCUCUUGGUCUACCAAAGUUCAUUGAAGAUCCUGUGUUUCACACCUUCCCUCUUCCACCAUUUCUGGUCAAGAAAGACUACCAGAGACUGUACGACUUCUUCUACCAGUCAUCCGGUCACGUGCUCGACGAGGCUGAGAGGCUGGGAGUCUCCAGAGACGAAGCGUGUCACAAUCUGCUAUUCGCCACGUGUUUCAACUCAUUCGGAGGCAUGAAGCUCUUCUUUCCAAGCAUGCUCAAGUGGAUCGGCCGUUCCGGAGCUAAACUGCACAGUGAACUAGCACAGGAGAUCCGCUCUGCCGUCAGAUCCAACGGCGGGAAGAUCACCAUGUCUGCAUUGGAGCAAAUGCCGCUGAUGAAGUCUGUGGUUUACGAAGCUUUCAGGAUCGAGCCACCGGUUCCUCUACAGUACGGUAGGGCAAAGACUGACCUAGUUAUUGAGAGCCACGAUGCGGCGUUUAAGGUUAAGGAAGGCGAGCUCUUAUUCGGGUUCCAACCGUUUGCUACCAAGGACCCCAAAAUCUUCAAAAACGCGGCGGAGUUUGUGCCGGACCGGUUUGUCGGUGAGGAAGGGGAGAAGUUGUUACAAUAUGUGCUCUGGUCUAACGGUCCGGAGACGGAGGCCCCGACCGUCGGAAACAAACAGUGCGCCGGAAAAGACUUCGUCAUGCUGGCAUCGAGGCUGUUGGUGGUGGAGUUCUUUCUCCGAUAUGAUUCGUUCGAGAUUGAAGUUGCUGCUUCGCCUUUAGGAGCUGCCAUUACUAUGACCUCGCUGAAAAGAGCUAGCUUUUGAAGUUUGGGAUUAAAAACAAAUUUGUUUAUAACUAGUAGCCGUUUGUAAAUCUUUUUUUCUAAGGAUUUAGGUUUGGGAGGUGAUAACUAUCCUAGCUAGGUAUAUAAAGUGUUUUUUGUUGUGUGGGACUUUUUGCAUACUGGUCCUGCAACACAUUUAACUUCGUAUCCACAGGUGUAUGAAUAUGAAUAUGAAAGUUCAGGGCAUGUGAGAAUUGUGAGUGCUUUUGUUUUGCUUA